AUGGCAGAGUCGUCUUUGUUUGGUAGGAGCGCUAUGUACCAGCAGCAGCAUCAGCAGCACCAGUCGUCGCAGUUGAGCGGGACUGGUGGUGGUGAUUCGUUUCUGAAGGCCAGUCCGGGCCCGGGGUCGUUGCUAGGUUCGGGGUCGGGGUCGAGUUCCGGGCCUGGGUCCGCUGGUUCGCCGGGAUCGGGACCUCCUGGUGCCAGUUCGUCGUCAGCCAAUUCGGCUUCAGCUUCCGCCGUGAGAAGAAUCCAGUCUCGGCAUUUUGAUUUUUUGGCUGGUGCCUCUGGAAGUGCUACUGGCAGUGGUGCUGGAAGUGGCACUGGAUCAGGUUCGUCUGGAUCUAGUGGCAAUAACAAUAACAACAACAGCGGAAGCGGUAAUAGUGGCAGCGGAUCGGAAUUGCCCGGUUUUGAAGGACUGGGUCAUGCUCAUGGAGUUCAUGGUCAUGGAUCUGGCGGCUCUGCUGCUGCUGGAUGGGGGACUAACGGCCAACAGACUCAGUUGACUGCUCAGUUGAAUGGUGGAUCUGGGUUACCAGGACAGUUGUCGGGUCAGAUGCCACCUCCAGGACAGUUUCACGGUCAGUUGCCUGGUCAUUUGUCGGGCCAGUUGCCUGUUCAACUCCCAGGUCAGGGAUUAGGUCCUGGACUUGGUCAGGGUUUGAGCCAACUCCCGGGUCAAGGAUUGAAUCAGGGAUUGAAUCAGGGGCUUGGUCAGAGUUUGAACCAGGGAUUGAAUCAGGGACUUGGUCAAGGACUUGGUCAAGGACUCAGUCAGGGUUUGAACCAGGGAUUGAAUCAAGGAUUGGGUCAAGGACUGGGCCAAGGAAUGAGUCAGGCACUGGGCCAGCGGUCAAAUGCUGCGUCGCUGUCGCCUUUGCCAAGGGCUACUUCUCCUUUGCCGCCAUUUCCUGGCCAGUCUGUAUGGCUUGAUCAGUCGUCUGCGUCUCUUCGAAGCAUUUCUCCACACCCCAAACCAGCCAGCUCGAAUAGCAGUAUUAACGAAGUUCAACUGCAACAGCAGGCUCCUUUACAGCCACUUCAACCAAAUGGAAGUGGUGGUAAUGGCGGUAAUGGUGGCCCGGUUAAUGUUGGACUGAUCCCUCCUCCUUCGACAUCACCAUCUGCUGUAUCGGUGUCUUCUUCGUCGAACCUUGUUGGAGACGAUGAACUCAUUCCAACCGCUAUUGUGAUUAAAAAUAUCCCCUUUGCUAUUAAAAAAGAACAAUUGUUGGAUGUAAUGACAUCCAUGGGACUACCUUUGCCAUAUGCUUUUAAUUAUCACUUUGAUAGCGGCGUUUUUAGAGGUCUUGCUUUUGCCAACUUUACCAGUCCUGAAGAGACAGGUGCGGUUAUUUCCAAUCUCAAUGGACGGGAAAUUGGCGGUCGUAAGCUGAGAGUCGAGUAUAAGAAAAUGCUUCCCUUGGUAGAAAGAGAACGUAUUGAGCGGGAAAAGCGAGAAAGAAGAGGCCAGCUCGAAGAGCAACACCGUAGUAGUUCCGGUCCAAAGGGAUUGAAUAAUAGUGGACUGGGUGGUAAUUCAGGUGGUAAUGGCAAUUCUGGCGGUAAUGCUGGUGGAAAUGGUGGUGCUGGUAAUGGCGGCGGUAAUGGUGCUGGUAAUAGUGGAUCCAUGGGUAGUGGAAAUGGUGGUGGUGGUUCUGGCAGUGGAAAUGGUGGUGGAAGUGGUCAUCAUCAUGGUCAUAACCAUCAUCAUAACCAUCAUGGCGGUAAUAACCAUCAGCAAAUGAACCAUGUUGGUAAUAGCCAUCACCACGGCGGUAAUCAGCAUCACGGACCAUCGAACCAUUCACCUAAAAUGGUUGAUUUGAACGAUCCAGAGACGUUAGACUUUUAUUCACAGAUUUUGUUGUUUAGAGACGAUAAAAACCGGUCUGAGUUGAUCUUCCCAGCCACUUUGUUGCCUCAUCAGAGGAAGAUUGUCGCUGUUUUGAGCGGACAAUUGGGUUUAAUGUUUAGUGGAGACCGUGUGAAUGGUGGUCCAGUGGCAGUUUUGAAACCUCAACAACAACCACAGUUGCAACAACAACAGCAGCAGCAGCAUCAGCAGCAGCAUCAGCAACAUCCACAACACCCUCAGCAGCAUCAACAGCAGCUUCACCAACAGCAACAACAGCAACACCAUUUGCAACAACCACCAAUGCCUCAAUUCCAAGGUCAACAGUCGUUUCAGCAACAACCUCAGCAGAAUCAGCCACAACCCCCACAACAACAGCCACAACAGUACCAGCAGCCACCCCCUCCUGGUCUGUUUGACUAUAACGGAAGUUCGUCUGGUCAAAUUCACCACCCCCAACCCCAGUACGUAGGUGGAGUUGGGGGCAUGGGGGUUGGAAUUGGGAGUGGCGCCGCUGGAUCAGGACAAUUUUCCAGUCAAGGACCGCCUCCACCACAACAAGGACUUUUUCAACCUCAACCACAACAACCAGUUCCUCCACUUGUUCAGCAACAAUCUGGAGGAUCAGGUUCAGGCGGGCAAUUAAGAGGAACCAAGUCUUUUGCCGAUAUUCGAGCCCCUGCCAGCUACCCGUACAACAUCUCUGCUCCCGGCACCCCUUCUGGAUCGCCUUUUUUCCCUUCUCAAACACCACCUCCAGGUUCUAAACAACAACAGCAGCAACAGCAGCAACAACAACAACAACAACCCCAAGGGCAUCAACAACAGCCCCCACAACAGUUCCUCCCACUCAUGUCGUUGCAACAACAACAGCGUGGAUACCCCUACCUUGGCCAAACCGGCCAACCUCAGAUUGGAUUCCCUUCCCAACAACAGCAGCAGCAGUCGCAAGGUCAAUCACAAGCUCAGUCUCAAACCGCUGGUAAACACCAGUCGAGCCAGAGCUUUGAUCUUAGCAACAGCGUUGGUUCACUGAGCGAUUCGUUCUCCAGCGCUUUGAGCCUCUCUGGAAGCAGUUCUGGUCGCCAGCACGCUGCUGUUGGAAGUGUGGGAAGUGCUAGCCCUACCGCUAGCAUUAACAGCAUCCAUGACUCGGUCGCCUCAUCAUCGGGCGGUAACAGCUCGGCUGGUGUGAUCGGGUCGAAAUCUGGGGUUCAUGACGAUAAUUGA